AUAAUUGAAAAAGAUCCAAUGGAACCCAACAAAAAACCAAAUGAUAAGGAUUUAUCGCUUGUAGAGAUAGGACCACGAUUUGUUCUUAAUGUUAUUAGAAUAUUUGAAGGCAGUUUUAGUGGAGCCACUAUAUUUGCAAAUCCAGAAUUUGUUUCACCUAAUCAGAUUCGACGCGAUUAUCGUAUGGCUAAAGCAGCACGACAUCAAGCUAGAGUUGUGGCAAAAGAAGAAAAACGACGAAAAGUAGCGGAGAGCAAUUUACCAGAAGAUUCACUUAGUGAAUUUUCUCUUUCAGACUUUUUAAACGUAAUUGAGG